AUGCCACGGAAAGCAAAGCCCAAGGAGCCCAAUCCUACGCCUUCUCAGCCUCCGAAGCGCACGAAGGAGAAGGACAUAUCAUGGGACAAGAAUCCGGCUUGGAUCCACACAGCCAUCUCCUUCCUCACGCAAAAUCCAGAGCUUCGCAUCAAGCUCUUCAGCGACUCGACUCAGAAAGCUACGAAGGACGGUCGGAAGAAGAUACAGGGUCAUGUAGCCAAGAUCAACUGGUGGGCCAAGGUAGCCGAAGACAUCUAUGCAAGG